AUGCUGGAAAAACUGGGGCUCAAAAAAAGUUCCCUGGUUGCCAUUACUUCUCAAAUAUUUGAAGAGAAAAUCAUUCUUGGAGCUUUCCUUGGUACCGGUGGGUAUUUGAUCAGGACCUGCACUACAAGCAUUCCCUUUCUACUACCUGUUUUUCUUUUAGGUUUGGGUUCUGCUUUCUUGUAUCAAAUAGCUUCUGUGGAUAUUUUAAAAAAAUGAUUGUCUUUUUCUACUGCCAUUGCUUGUUCUGGGAUGGGAUUGACAUUUCUGUUGGCACCUUUUACAAGAUUUCUAAUAGAUCUAUAUGACUGGCCAGGUAUUACUAAGACAGUCAGUCGGAUUAUCUCUGGCUGGGUUGCUGGUCAAAUCGAUCAUUAGCACAAGUCUUACCUCAUCCUCUGCAGCAUCAGUAACCUGUUUGUUCCUUUAGCCACCACGUUUCCACUACUUAUGACCUACUCCAUUCUUGCCAUUUUCUCUGGCGGUUACCUGGCAUUGAUAUUUCCUGUACUGGGCUAA